AUGGUGGCCGGUUCGCACCGCGUGGACGACGACUUGGAAGUCCUAGAUGCCUCUAUCACACUCACAGUGGAGGGCUUCCGGAACGUGCUGAAGGUGGUGGACCUUCUCUACCAGGGCCUUGGCCUGUCCAUUGCGCACGGCGUGAAUGCUGAGGUAUACGAGCAGAUGAAGGCGGAGGAGCGCCUCUUCUUUGAGAGCACUGAUGUUGGCGCGCCGGCGGACCACUGUGUCACGCUCGCACAAAACGCCAACGCUACUGACCUGAAGCACUGUUGGAUCGGCGGCGACGUGGUACUUGAGGAUGAUCUGGAGGCGACUCUGGCCUAUGUGCGUCAGCUGACACCGCAGAACUGCGUGGUGGUGAUGCAGUGGGGAGACAUGCCGAGCGAUGCAGACAUGGGCGCCACAGCGGCACGAGAAGAACACGAAGAGAGCCAUGCAGAGGAGCAGCGUGACGAGGAUGACGAGGAGGAUGGAGAUGAUGAGGGUACCGAGGACGAAAGCGCAGAGAAGGCGGCGCAGGUGGAGGAUGGUAGCGCGUCGGCUGAGGAGCUGUUUCUCUCGCUGCCGGCCUUCGCACAGGUGCGAGUGAGCAAAGUGUCGCGCUUCCACAAGGCACUGUACCAGACAGUGAAGAUACCGGAGGAACACGUGGCGCGGUGGCAGAGUCUUAUCAACGGACCAUAUCCGCCGGAGCUUGCACUGCCGUCCAAGAAUCCGUUCAUCGCCACUGACUUCACAAUUUACUCACCGGCGGCUGUGAAAGAGGUGGAGGAGAUCGUUUCUCCGCACGCCGUGGCAUACGUGAGGAGGGACGUGGGGUACCACAGAACCUUCAAAAUGGCGCUGCGGUGCAACGUCCUCUCACCCGUGGCGUACGCGAGCCCGCUGAACCGCCUGUACACACGUGUCAUGCACGGCAUUUUGUCCAAUGCGAUCACCGAGAUGGCCUACUACGCGACGCUAGCGUCACUCUCCAACGAGGUGAUCUUCUCGGCUACGGGGCUGGGGUUUGCAGUGGAGGGCCCGUCGCAGAGGCUGUACGAGUUUUUCUUUGCCGUAGUGCGCAAGGCGCUGUCGAUCGAGGUGCUCCAGGGCACCGCGGAGGAGUAUGCCACCUACCUGGAGGCUGGCGUGCGGAGGCUCAAGAACGUGGGGAUGGACCAGCCGUACAAAGUUCUCCUUCAAAUGCAGCAAAAGGCAACGCGCCACACGCACUACUUGUUUAGCGAGAUGAUCGCGUGCGAGCCUGCCGCCACUUACGAGGGCUACUGCACCUUUGUCAGGCAGUACGUGGAGAGCGGUCUCCUGCUCGAGUGUUUCGUUGCGGGGAACGUGCGCUCCACAGAGGAUGUGCGUGCAAUGCUAGUUGACCCGCUAGAGGAUCUUCUGGAGGCCAUCUCGGUUCCAAUCCCGCUAAAGGCAGCCAUUCCACGUGUGCGCGACACGUACAGCCCGCGUGCUGGGGAUGGGAAAACGAACGAGAGCGUGCUGUCUUCCUUUGAUGUUCUCUCGAUGCUACCAUCGAACCCGAUGGACCCGAACGCGGCGGUUGUCGUUGACAUCAUCAUUGGUGAGGCUACUCCGCGUGUGAUGGCGCUCACAAACACUGCAAUGAAGCUCAUCUCCUCCUCUUUCUUCAACGCACUGCGCACGCGGGAGGCGCUGGGCUACAUUGUGUUUGCCCAAAGCACUGUCGACUACCACACAGCGCACGCACUGUUUGUAAUUCAGAGUGCACUAGCGGACGUGGACUGCGUAUAUCUGCUUUCCCGCAUUGUCGCUUUCUUGUCCGCUGUGGAGGCGCAGCUGGACACGCUAUGCACCGCCGAGGAGGUCUCGAAGGUGAAGAGGGGCCUCAUUGAGGCUCUAGAGAAGAUGCCUGACUCCGUCGAUGGUGACGCACAGCGUCUUGAGGGCGAGUAUCUCAGCGUGUCAAAAUUUGAGAGUCGCCAGCUGACGAUUGCAGCCCUCUCAACUAUCACUGAGGAAGAUGUCAAGUCGCACUUCCGCCAGUUCUUCUUCAACAGCCGUAGCGACUCUCGUGCGUUGGCGCUGUGCAUCAACAGCGCUCGCACCGCUGCAACCGAUCUUCUUGCAGUGUCAGGCAACCGCCGCAUUGCGCUUCCAGGCGUGCGGUCCAAGCAGGAGGACGGCGGCGAAGCGUUGAGUGACGCAUCAGAGGACACGACCAUACUAACGCUGCCCACCUUUUCGGAUGGUUGCAGCUGCGUCGAGAUUACCUCGUACGCUUCCGCCUUCGAGUACCAGCGCGGGCUCUCUGUUGUGAAGUGCAGCACUUAUUAG